AUGAGCCCAGCUGGCAGCAAAAUCAUCCUGGAGCUGCAGGAUGUGGGAGCGCAGGGCCACAGCAACAGCGCCUCCCAGAAAGAGAAAGACUUCAUUGAAAAUCAAAACACAUCAAGAAAUGACUCACUAAGGAUUAGAGUCAUGCAAAAUGGAGAGCACAUCAACACCAAACAGAGGGAAGAAUGUGCCAGCACUGAGCAGAAUUUUCCAAAGGAUGCAGAAAACAUCGAAGACAGUGAAGAUAUGCCUCCAAAAGGGUAUCUGGAGAAGAAAUAUGAUGCAAUUUGUGGAAUUUGUAGGAAAUACAAAACCACUGUUAAGUACAUAAUGUGGGGUGUCUUAAUAGCAGGGUACCUGGCUGUAGUGAUUGCAGCUUGUGUGCUGAACUUCCAAAGAGCCCUGCCUCUUUUUGUGAUCACCAUAGUGGUCAUCUUCUUUCUUGCCUGGGAUUAUUUGAUGGCUAAAUACGAAGAUCGAAUUGAUGAGUUCCUGUCUCCCGGAAGAAGGUUCCUGAAUAACCAUUGGUUCUGGCUCAAGUGGGUGGUUUGGAGUGCCUUAAUACUGGGGAUUAUUUUCUGGCUGAUCUUUGACACAGCCAAAUUAGGCCAACAACAGCUGGUGUCCUUUGGUGGUCUUAUAAUGUACAUUCUCCUGACAUUUCUAUUUUCCAAGCAUCCAACCAGAGUUUGCUGGAGACCUGUCUUUUGGGGAAUUGGAUUACAGUUCCUUUUGGGGCUCUUAAUUCUAAGGACAAAACCUGGUUUUGUAGCUUUUGAAUGGUUGGGCCAACAAGUUCAGACUUUCCUGGCGUACACUGAUGUGGGAGCUUCAUUUGUCUUUGGAGAGAAGUACACGGACCACUUUUUUGCAUUCAAGAUCCUGCCAAUCAUAGUUUUCUUCAGCACUGUCAUGUCGAUGCUCUACUAUCUUGGAUUGAUGCAGUGGAUCAUUAGAAAGGUGGGAUGGCUAAUGCUGGUUACCAUGGGAACAUCUCCUGUUGAAUCUGUGGUUGCUUCUGGAAAUAUCUUUAUUGGACAGACCGAGUCUCCACUGCUGGUCCGGCCAUAUCUGCCCCACGUCACGAAGUCUGAGCUCCACGCCAUCAUGACUGCUGGAUUUGCCACCAUUGCCGGAAGCGUCCUAGGGGCAUACAUUUCUUUUGGGGUCCCAUCCUCUCAUUUGCUAACAGCUUCUGUUAUGUCAGCACCUGCAUCACUGGCUAUUGCUAAACUCUUUUGGCCUGAGACAGAAACACCAAAAAUGACCCUCAAGAAUGCCAUGAAGAUGGAGACUGGUGAGUCAAGAAAUCUCCUAGAAGCUGCAACUCAGGGUGCAUCUUCAUCCAUUUCCCUGGUGGCCAACAUCACAGUGAAUCUCAUUGCCUUCCUUGCCCUGUUGGCUUUUCUCAAUUCAGCCUUGUCCUGGUUUGGAAGCAUGCUUGACUACCCACAGCUGAGUUUUGAGAUGAUAUGCUCCUACAUCUUCAUGCCCUUGUCCUUCAUGAUGGGAGUUGACUGGCAAGACAGCUUUAUGGUUGCCAAACUCAUAGGUUAUAAGACAUUCUUCAAUGAAUUUGUGGCUUAUGAACACCUUUCAAAAUUCAUUCACCUGAGGAAAGAGGCAGGACCCAAAUUUGUGAAUGGGCAACAGCAGUAUAUUUCGAUUCGUUCUGAGACCAUUGCUACAUAUGCCCUCUGUGGCUUUGCCAAUAUUGGUUCCCUAGGAAUAGUGAUCGGCGGACUAACAUCCAUGGCUCCUUCCAGAAAGCGAGACAUCGCCUCAGGGGCAGUAAGAGCUCUGAUUGCAGGAACCAUCGCUUGCUUUAUGACGGCCUGCAUUGCAGGCAUGCUGUCUGACACUUCUGUGGACAUCAACUGUCAUCACAUUUUUGAGAGUUCCUUCAACUUCAGUAGGCCUAGAAACACAACUGAAGAGGUCUUUUGUUGCCAAAGUCUAUUCAACAGCACUGUUGUCCAGGGGAAGACUAUACCAGGAGGAAACUCUAGCCUGUAUUUUUUCAAGGGCUGCUGCAAAUUGUUGAACCCAUCCACAUUCAACUGUAGCCAGAUUUUAAAUCCAUUUUGA